CACAGUUCGUAAGUACACACUGCAUUCAACACCACAACAUGGCAGAAGUCGCAGCAACAAGUUUGUCCGAGUCGCAUGCCAAACAAGUCAUAUAUUGCGGCGUAUGCAGCCUGCCACCAGAAGUAGUAUUGCGAGUUUGGCGGAACCGUCAAGAAGUGCGAAGAAUGGCUCGAGGCACACCACCCGGACAUGCAUGAGCGGCUAUACUCACAAGAUGCCAUCAAUGCCAACUUGUCCUCCCUAACCCUCGAAGCCCAGAAGCGAGCCGACAAAGACGCCCAAAAGAAAGCCGCCAAAGCAUCCGCCGCCGAGGCCCGAGCCCAAGAGGUGAAAGCCACGUCGAAAGUCCUCAUCAAGCGUAUUGAGCGCAACAAGCGAAAAUACGUUACUGCGGUGCAGGGCCUCGAAGCACAUGGACUAGAAUUGAAGAAAGUAGCGAAGGAUUUUGGCAAGAAGUUCGCGACUGGGUCCAGUGUGACGAAGAUUCCAGGUGGUGGCGAGGAGAUAACUGUCCAGGGCGACUUGAGUGACGAUAUCUACGAUUACGUUGUGGAGACGUACAAGGACAUACCCGAGGACAAUAUCGAUUGUAUCGAGGACAAGAAGAAGAAGAGUGCCGGAUGAUGGUGCUAUCACAUCAUUCGGAGGGAGUUUGAUGCGGAUUAGUGGAGACGGCGCUGACUGUUACGGUUUAAGAUGCCAUCGGAUGGAUAGCACACAAAGAUACCAUGUUACGAUACAGCGUCAUCCUCACCUGACCGGAAUACACGACCAAGUAUCUACUACGUGUAGAGCCGCUGCGUGCUCUUCCCCAGGCUGAAUCACACAACCAACAUUUGUACCAAGUUGCAACCAACUUCAAGUGUGAAAAUUGAUAGCAGUGUUUAAAUUCAAAUGUCGGAUAGAUGAAUUAUUGUUGCUAUGAGAGAAUUAUACGAAACAUGAAAUAACACAUAUAUGCUACGCUUGACCAACAAAAGAGACGCUAUU